GGCUCAAGUCUCCUCCUCCCCCAACAACCACCCCCACCCCCAACUCUACCAACCAUGAAGGUGUUCCAGGUCCUCGUCAUCGCCGCCCUCGCCGUCGCCGCCGUCAACGGCCAGGCCACCACCGCCGCCUCGACGGCCGCGUCCACGGCGUCCUCCGCCGCUGCUGCCACGACGGCCACCUCGGGCGCUGACGCCACGACGGCCACCUCGGGCGCUGACGCCACGACGGCCACCUCGGGCGCCGACGCCACCACCGCCGCCUCGGGCGCUGUUGACUCGACGGUGGUCGCCUCGAGCACGACCGGCUCGGCCGCCACCGUGGGCUCGUCCACCACCGAGUCGUCGGGAUCGUCCGUCUCGGCCUCGUCCUCCACGACCGACGCCAGCAGCACCACGUCCGGCUCGAUGGCCGCCUCGGCCAGCGGCGCCUCGGGCUCGAGCGGCGCCUCGCAGGUGGCCGGCGCCAUGGGCGUCGCCACGGCCGCCGCCGUCGCCACCAUCUCGUACUUCCUGUAAACUACACCGCCUCAAGGCCGCUCGUGAGUGCCGUUCAAGGACAUUCAUUCGACUCUUUUGGUCUCGUAGUUGCAGCACUGUAAAGCGCAAGCAAUAGACGUUUAUUUGC